AUGAAAAUUCAAGAGAAAGCCAAUGGUGCUCAAAUGGCAUUGUAUUGGGAAUUGAUUUGGAGCCUCCAUAUUCCAAAUAAAAUUAAGCAUUUGUUGUGGGGUGCCUCUCAUGAUAUCCUUCCCACUUGUGUCAAUUUGGUGAGCAAGAAAGUAAUCCCAAAAGGUAUUUGUUUUUGUUGUGGCAAGUCCAAUGAAUCUCUUAUCCAUGCUUUAUGGGAGUGCAAACUAAGCAAGAAAGUAUGGAGGCUUUCUAUGUUGGGAUUUGUUGUUGUUGAGCAGUGGCAUAUGUUGAGCUUCAUUGAUUUCUUUGAGAAAGCUAAAAUAGUUUUGCCUUUUAUUGAGUUAGAGCAAUUUGCUUACAUUUGGUGGAUGCUGUGGAAAGCUAGAAAUGAUAAUCUUCAUGGUCAAGGUGUGCAUAAUCCUACCCAUCUUCUUGAGAGGAUUUUUGAGCUUUAUGAAGAAUCUCAUAAAUCUCAAGAACAACCACGUGCUUGUAGGGUUAAUCAGAAUGAGAUUUGGAGCUGUCUCCUUGAAGGUUUCUACAAGCUCAAUGUUGAUGGAGCUACUGACAGCGCAACAAGGUUGCGUAGUAUAGGUGCAGUUGUUCGAAAUGAUUUUGGAGUUUUUAUGGGUGCCCUAGCCAUGCAAAACCCUCGUGGGGCUUCCAUUCUAGCUACAAAAUUGCAAGUGAUUUAUAGAGGAGUUUUAUUUGUUACAAGUGCUAGUUUUUCCCUCUCCUCAUAG